GGUCGUAACUGUGUUCACCAUUCCAAGCCGCCGCAUCUCUCAGCGAUUCCCCAUCUCCGUUCAGCUCUAAACAGCGACAAAGCUUUCUCCAUGGCGUCAAUCCUCCACCGUCGUCGGAAUCAACGAGCUUCCGCCUCUUCAAGCCACCGUCCUCGUUACACCGCGACAGUAGCUCGCCUUCGUCGUCGAGCUCGAGCUUCGCCGUCGUCGUCUUUCUCGCAGUCUCACCUCCACCUUGGAUCUUCUUCAUCCUCGUCGCGAAUCUCCCACCGCUCGCAAAAAAACCAAAGCUCCUUCGCUGAAUCGCUCAUCCUUUUCGUUCAUCUCUCGUAUCUUCGAAUCCUAAAGCUACUAGAAUCGCAGGAAGGAGUCAUGGAUCCAGCUGAAAUGAGGUACUUGGAAGAACAGGAUUGCCCGAUGAUGUAGAUGAUCAAAGGCUGCGUCACUGGUUUCGCCGCCGGGACUAUCUACGGAACCAUUCUGGCCACGUGGAAAGACGUUCCGAGAGUGGAGAGAAACGUGGCUCUCCCAGGACUCAUCAGAAUGCUGAAGAUGAUGGGAACACAUGGGCUCACUUUCGCAGCUAUUGGAGGUGUUUACAUUGGUGUUGAACAGGUGGUUCAGAGUUAUAGGGGAAAAAGAGUAUUAUCCUUACACCCCCGUCGAGUAUUAUCCUUACACCCCCGUCGAGAAAACAGCUCAAGCUGAUGCCUGAUUUCUCUUCUUUUUUUUGGUGACUGAAGUUAAUAAAAGCUCUGCACUUGUGAUCAUCUCUCCAUCAUCUCUAUUUUGAUAACUUAAUCUGGGAGAUGUGAAAUCGUAAAACUCUUUUGUUAUUGUUUCCUCCUGUUUCUAUCGAGAGUGACUUGAAUCUUGUACUUGAAUGUUGAAUGUAAGAAACGUAACAGUUCUAAGCAUCGGAAUGAAAUGUGUUUGCUUCU